AGUGCGUGCUAGGCUUAACAUCUGAUCAAGACUAUGGAGAGACCAAGGAACAGAUGCUCAGUAGCCCACCCUCUUUCUGAGCACUGCCGAAAGGACCAACCACUGCUCCUGAAUAGCCGCUUCAGUGAGAUAUGCUCAGUUGCAUCUGCAUAUCACUCAUCCUGCCACUUAACAGAAAAGUGUGUCAAAGUCAUAGUGACCAAGAGGAUGCAGUCUUAUUAACAGCUUUUUAGGACAAUGUUAUUCUAAAGUCUUAUAUAUUACCUGAGGCGGCUUUAUUUUAUUUGAGGCGGGCCAGAAUAGAUGUUUAUACAGUGGUACCUCGGUUUAAUUACAGUCCUGUUUACAAAUGAUUCGGUUUACAAACUCCACAAAACCGGAAGUAGUGUCCCGGUUUGCAACCUUUACCUCGGUCUAAGAACGGAAUCCGAACAGUGGAAGGGCACCGGCGGCAGGAGGCCUCAUUAGGGAAAGUGCGCCUCAAUUUAAGAACGGUUUCGGUUUAAGAAUGGACUUCCGAAACGGAUUAAGUUCGUAAACCAAGGUACCACUGUAUACAUACAGAGCAGCUGGUAAGAAUGGCUGACUGAACAAAUAAUUGAACUUCUCCCAGUUAAGCUCGAACUGUCAAACUAUACAUUGAUAAUAACUGAUUGUCAUGGUGAGAUGUCAGCCUGAAACUUGUGUUAUUAUCCCAGUUUUUGCUUAUCUGAUAGAAUAAUUUGAUACCUGCAAUGAAAUCAUAAGGAUUGAGAAGUGGGGAGUUAACUUUCAUCCUGAUUUAUCCUGAGCAGAGUGGAAACUAAUGCUCACUUCCUUUCCCCCCUGUGUGCAAAGGGAAAGAAUAGUAGGUUAGCUCCCAUGUUAUCUUGCUGUACUUUUAACUUCCUGACACUUGUUAUGUCAGUGUGCCUAAUGAAAGUAGGCUAAAAUAACACAUAUUAAUCUCACCUUUCAGUGCCUUAUAUCUCCCGAACCACAUUCCUUCCUUCUUUUCUUAUUCUGAUUUAUCUCAUUGCUUGAGAGAGGGGCGGAAGCAAGCAAGAAAGUGUAAAACAAAAGAAUAAGUAAUUUACAAUAGCCAAGAACACACCCACAGUUUGAAGGGGUGUAUGAUUAAAUCGGCAGAUUCCUCUCAGCAUGAUUUAGAAAGGUUUGGAGUAAUUCUUUCCCUCGUACUUUGCUUUCUCUCCAUUGAACAUGCCACCAUGUUCUUGUCUGAUCUUAAGACGUUUCUCAGUAGGGUUAGGCCUUGUUACUACUCAUGUGGGCAAAUGUGUCUUGCUUUUACAACACCACUUUCCCCAGUCAACUCCUUUUGCAGCGGGAGCUCAAGGACUUAGUUUCACAGAUGAAGUGGGAUGGGUAAAGAGGAUCAUGGCAGGGCCCCCCCAAAUUAGCACACACGGGGGCCUCCGUCCAACUUAGGCUCUGUCCCUCUCAGACUCCUCUGGCAACUUUUUCAGGAGGAAAAGAAUUCCCCAAAUGGAAACUAUACAACAGGGUUUCACUUCCUUUUGCAAGCUACAGUGGUACCUCGGGUUACAUACGCUUCAGGUUACAUACGCUUCAGGUUACAGACUCCGCUAACCCAGAAAUAGUACCUCAGGUUAAGAACUUUGCUUCAGGAUGAGAACAGAAAUCGUGCUCCGGCGGCAUGGCGGCGGCAGGAGGCCCCAUUGGCUAAAGUGGUGCUUCAGGUUAAGAACAGUUUCAGGUUAAGAACGGACCUCCGGAACGAAUUAAGUACUUAACCCGAGGUACCACUGUAUUUGCACUCUCCUCCUCUCUCAGGAGAUACACUGGAACUGACAGGGAGCAGCAGCAACUAGCGACCCUGAAGGCAGCAGCCAGGAGACCUAGGCCUGGCCCUAACCUUCGUGUUAUAGAAUCAUAGAAUCAUAGAGUUGGAAGAGACCACAAGGGCCAUCGAGUCCAACCCCCUGUCAAGCAGGAAACACCAUCAGAGCACUCCUGACAUAUGGUUGUCAAGCCUCUGCUUAAAGACCUCCAAAGAAGGAGACUCCACCACACUCCUUGGCAGCAAAUUCCACUGUCGAACAGCUCUUACUGUCAGGAAGUUCUUCCUAAUGUUUAGGUGGAAUCUUCUUUCUUGUAGUUUGGAUCCAUUGCUCCGUGUCCGCUUCUCUGGAGCAGCAGAAAACAACCUUUCUCCCUCCUCUAUGUGACAUCCUUUUAUAUAUUUGAACAUGGCUAUCAUAUCACCCCUUAACCUCCUCUUCUCCAGGCUAAACAUGCCCAGCUCCCUUAGCCGUUCCUCAUAAGGCAUCGUUUCCAGGCCUUUGACCAUUUUGGUUGCCCUCCUCUGGACACGUUCCAGUUUGUCAGUGUCCUUCUUGAACUGUGGUGCCCAGAACUGGACACAGUACUCCAGGUGAGGUCUGACCAGAGCAGAAUACAGUGGCACUAUUACUUCCUAGAUCUAGAUGCUAUACUCCUAUUGAUGCAGCCCAGAAUUGCAUUGGCUUUUUUAGCUGCCGCGUCACACUGUUGGCUCAUGUCAAGUUUGUGGUCAACCAAGACUCCUAGAUCCUUUUCACAUGUACUGCUCUCAAGCCAGGUGUCACCCAUCUUGUAUUUGUGCCUCUCAUUUUUUUUGCCCAAGUGCAAUACUUUACAUUUCUCCCUGUUAAAAUUCAUCUUGUUUGUUUUGGCCCAGUUCUCUAAUCUGUCAAGGUCGUUUUGAAGUGUGAUCCUGUCCUCUGGGGUGUUAGCCACCCCUCCCAGUUUGGUGUCAUCUGCAAAUUUGAUCAGGAUGCCCUUGAGUCCAUCAUCCAAGUCGUUGAUAAAGAUGUUGAAUAAGACCGGGCCCAAGACAGAACCCUGUGGCACCCCACUAGUCACUCUAUGGCUGGGGUCACCACCAUAUCGUGUGUCUGUUUUGCAACAGGGUAAAGGGGAAGACUGUAGUUAGUGGCAGAGCACAUGUUUGGCAUGCAGAAGGUCCCAGAUUCAAUUCCUAGCAUCUCCAGGUAGGGCUCCCGUCUGAAAUCCUAGAGGGCUGCUGCCAGUCAUGUGGAUAGUACUGAGCCUCAGGUGAAGUUCUGGGCCUCAGGUGAAGUGAAUCCUGGUUCUGUGGUUUUAGAGGCAGCCCUGUUUAGGGAUGCUUUUAAUAUUUGAUGAAUUAUUGUAUUUUAAUAUUUUGCUGGAGGCCACCCAGAGUGGCUGAGGAAACCCAGUCAGAUGGGCGGGGUAUAAAUUAUUAUUAUUAUUAUUAUUAUUAUUAUUAUUAUUAUUAUUAUCUUGUUCUCUAUGUCUGUAUUAUAAGGAAACGCACUAACGUGUUUUACCUUUUUUCCCCCCUCACCUGCAGGUUUCAUUGGUUAGUUUAGUAGCCAAUGCUCUGGGCUAUUCUGAACUGGGUGCCAUUAAAUCACUUCGAACACUAAGAGCUUUGAGGCCUUUAAGAGCCCUGUCACGAUUUGAAGGAAUGAGGGUGAGAUAGCCAUGAAAUGACCCUGAAAUAAUAUGUGCAUGAAACAUGACUAUCCACGCAGAAUAAAGAAUGACAAAUCCAUGUUGAAAUGUUGCACUAUAUAUUUUUCUUUUUCUUUACUGCAUGCCACAGUCACCAGCGUUUCUAAAAGCUUAUCAGUUCUACAGUCUUUGGGGAGGUUUCCUUCUCAGCCAAGCAUUUACAUCUCGGUCCCUUGCAUGUAUGUUGCUUAAAAGUUAUUUCAGGAUUGCAUUGGUUGUGUUAAGACACUCCAGAAUGAUCAGAUUUGUGUGUGAGUGUACAGGGCUAUGUGUACUUUGCAACUCCCAGAUUAAAAUAUUGAGGUCAAGCAGUCCAAAGUUUGCAGCAAGGAAAGCUGGAUUUUGGAACAUCAUUGGGUUACACAGACUGAUAAAUUGUGUAUUUAUAUUUCUCUGUUACAUAGUUUGUUUGGCAAUUUCUACCAUGUCUUAUGAGUUAUGGGAGGGCCAAAGGAUUGAACUGAAGCAGCUGCACUCCUGCCCCCCCCCCAAAAAAGCUUGUUUAGCCACAUGCCUGGCUUCUGAGCUUUCAACAAACAUACUUUCAAGGAUACUUUUGCAGGCAGAAGAGUUAUAAAUGCUCCACCAGGCAUAAUAUCCUGCACUCCCACAUACAUACAGCCCUGUAUGCAUUCCCGACAAGGCUACACAGCAUUAAAUAAAAGUUGCAUGUUUUCAAUCUGAGCAUCAUUUGAAAAUGGUAGAGAACACGUUGAAGAUGGCUUAACUGCUGUCACUUCAGCAGUAGAAUGCAGGUGAGUGUGUUCAUUGUUUAAUAGUUCAACCUAGUGAACUUGUGGUCAGGAAUUUAUACUCAAAUCAAAAACCUUUUAACAACACAAUAUUCCAGUGUAUAAAGGUCACUAUACUAAGGACCUAAACCUGAAGACUGAGGGAGCGCAAAUCACAUAAAUGAUAAGGGCACAAAUUUAGUUUUCAGGGUCUCAAAAUUCCAGAUUGUUCUGUCAUGAAAUCUAACAACAGGAAUGAAUUCUGCUUAUUGGGAUUUGACACACAGAUAAUUAGAUGGUGCACUGGACUCCAGCCUUCAGACUCUCACAAAAUUUCCACACAAAUUUGUAGACCAAAGAUUAAAAAUCUUUUAAGAGCUGCAUAAUCCCUAGAAUCCAAUAUUUCUUUCCAAAGACAAAAUUGGACAGAAUUUCCACUACUGCAGGUGACAUAAAAUACCUGUUCCACAUUUGUUAGAUUGUUUAGUGUGUAAGUGCCUGCACUGCACUAUAAUAAUACCUUUUUGGGUACCUGUUAAAAACAUUCUUGUUUAGACAAGCCAACCCAGAUACUUAGAAAAUUGAGGCAAUUUUAAUCUGUUUUUAGUAUUUUAACUUUUGUAUGGUUUUAAAGUACGGUUGUGAAUUUUUCUUGAUUUUACUGCUUUCUCUUUUUUGUCAACCGCUUUGAGGUUUGUUUGUUUUUACGAUCAAGCAGUGUAUAAAUUUUAUGAAAUAAAUAAUGAAAGUUUACCCUGGUAGACUAAAAAGGCAUACUAAACAAGGCAAUGAAAGAGAGCUCGAGUGUGAAGCUAAGGAGCAUGAACUCCUCAUUAGCAGUAUAUUAGAAACUAUUUGCAUCACCUGGGAAAAAGUGUGUGUGAUGUCUUUUACUUUAAAGGAUGGCUAUCUAUAGGGCAAGAAUGUGGAAGCUCCAGUCCUCCAUGGCUGAGAGGAGUUGGAGUCCAAUGACCUCUAGAGACCUACAGGUUCCCCAGCCAUCUUUUAGGAUGUUUAUAUGAUGCUUCUGGUUUGGUCCAACAACUCAUUUGACCUCUCUAAUGGCCACAUUGAUAUCUGCCUUCCAGUAAAUAAUUUAGGUUUUAUGAUUUGGGGUUGGGGGUGGGUUAGGGAGAAGGUUUGUUCAGUGCCUGUAGGUUUCAAGAUGAUGGAAGGGUGCAGAAGGGUUGCAAAGUCCUCAUCAAGUGAAGAGGCCAAACAAAAUUGUGGAUCUGCAAGGUGGACAUGCCCCCAAGACAAUCCUUGCAUGUAUAGCAUGUAUCAAGGCUUCACCUAUCUUGCAAUAAACCCUUAGAUUUCCUCCGUUUUUUAUGCAAAACAUCUUGAUAUCUAGUUUAAUUCCAAAACAUGUUCGUGCUCACGGAAGGGCUUUUGAUUCAGCAUCCACUAAUGGAAAAGGAAGAGAACGUGGUUUUUGCAAAUUCCCUCUGCACUUUCCAACGGGGGGGGGGUCCCCCAAACUCUGGAGCUAAUUUGGAGGAGGGGCACUGAGGAUUGCAGUGGUGAGGGGGAAUAUGCAAAAAAAAAAAAAUGCCCCCUCUUCUCUUCUGUUAGCAGACACCUCUGCUGAAUCAAAAUACCUCCUGUGAACACAAGGGCAUGAAUUGGAUUCCGCACUUAAUAUUGACAUCCAAUGAAAUGUGUAUUUGCCAACAAAAGCUCAGGCUGCUUCAGAAGUCGUAUCUUCAUUUUAGAACAAAGUCAAAUCAACGCACAUAGUUUUCCUAAAGAGAAGUGUAGCUAUUUCAUAAAUUAGUCUUGAAUUUAUUUGGCUAUAUGUAACAUGAAUAUGCUUUUCUCCUUCCACAAAGCUCUGCAAAUUUAAAAGGCUUAUUAAAGAAUUAGGGUUGAAGGCUGAAUGCUUAGUGGAGAAAGUCUUGUUGCUUUACAAGACAUCUUAAAACCCAGGCAGUUGCUUCAUGGCUUUCGUUUGCUUCAGCAUCUCAGCCAUUCCCUGUUUGAAGGCCUAGUCUGUUGCACAGUUAUCGGUCUUUGAUUUAUAUUCUUGGUAUUUAACUUUUCUCUCUCUCUUUUUUCCUGCCUAGUGCACACAAAUGUUACGAUUCCAUCUUGCCACUAUCAGGUUUUAUUUUACUUUUUGCACUUACUUGCUUUCCCUGUAGAGUUUAGUUCCUGCUUCUUUGUCUUGUUUCUUUUGCACUGUACCAUUAACAACGGGAUUUUCUAUUAACAUGCAUCAACCCCCUCCCACAUAUAUGUGUAUGCGUAUUUAAAACAGCCUAAGUGUCAAAAUUGUAAAGACACAAGUAGAAAUUUGGAAGCUAUAUUCUUCAGCUGUAAAAGAUAAAUCGGAAUUUUCUUUUUCUUUUCUUUUCUGUCCAAUUUUCAUGAUAGGUGGUUGUCAACGCUCUGGUUGGUGCAAUCCCUUCCAUCAUGAAUGUGCUCUUGGUUUGCCUCAUAUUCUGGCUGAUCUUCAGCAUCAUGGGCGUAAACCUGUUUGCUGGCAAGUUCUACCACUGUGUUAACACCACGACAGGUGAAAUGUUUAAUAUUAGCGAGGUUGACAAUAAAACUCAGUGUGAAGAGCUCAUCAACGACAAUCAGCCUGCCCGGUGGAAAAAUGUGAAAGUAAAUUUUGACAAUGUUGGAGCUGGUUACCUCGCUCUGCUUCAAGUUGUAAGUAGUUUAGUUUUCCUACCCUAUACUCCCUGCAUAAAAUACCAGUGCAUAGGAUCAGGCUUCGAGGUUCUGCCAUCCCUGGGUGGGCUCGAACCAAUAACCUGGUUAACAGCCAGACGCACUGACCCAUUGCGCCACAGGCCGUGUUGAUACAACUCCUCCGCCAAAUUUUGACAUCAACAUUCCCUGCAUACAUGCCUGUAUGUUUACAACUGUGCUUAAUGUUUGCAUUUUAUCUGCAGGCUACUUUUAAAGGAUGGAUGGAUAUUAUGUAUGCAGCUGUUGAUUCAAGAGAUGUAAGUAUCAGUAUACAUUCCAUCAUACAUGUAAGCACUAAUUCUGUUGGUAACUCGUGGGAGUCUGCUUGACAAUCCCUGCAGUCAAAAUAUUGAUGGUUUUUCUGUGACGUACAGAUGACAAGCCCAUAAGUCUGCUGACCUAAGGAACUAAAAAAACCACUCAAAUUUUGGGCUCAUUGUUUAUAACACAGUAGUUGCAUACAGAUAGAUACACAUGCUAGGCUGUUUCUUCUUCUUCUUCUUUUCAUUGAAUUUGUGUGCUUUGAAGAAAAUGGGUGCUUCGUGUGUCUAUGUUGAGAUCCUGCCAUUUCUUGUUGGAUUGUAGGUAGAAGAUCAGCCGUAUUAUGAGGACAACCUCUACAUGUAUCUUUAUUUUGUUAUCUUCAUCAUCUUUGGAUCAUUUUUUACUUUAAACCUUUUCAUUGGUGUCAUCAUAGAUAACUUCAAUCAACAAAAAAAGAAGAUAAGUAUUUAAGGGUUUUCUCUAUUCUCUGGAAAUAAAGCUACAGUAGUACCUCGGUUUUUGAACGUAAUACCAUGGAAGACCAUUCGAGUUCCGAAAUGUUCAAAAAUUGAGGACUCAAUAGCCGACAGCUAGGCCUCCGGAUCUUGCACUCAGCGGAAGCCACAUGGCAUGUUCGACUUCCAAGGCGUGUUCGAAAACUGAAGCAUUUACUUCCAGGUUUUCAGCGUUCAAAAACCAAAACGUUCAACUUCCAAGACGCUCGAAAACCAAGGUACCACUGUGCUAUAAAUAUUUGGUGUGGUUUUUUUAAUCGCCAAACCUAAGUCCUGCCUGGUGUGAAGUAAUCGUCUUAGAACAUUAAAAGAAUAGACAGUUUUUCAUUUAUUUAAAAUGCUCGCUUUAGAAGCUGACUUUUCUGCUGCACCACUAUGAACUUGAAGUAAAAAAAUAAAAUAAAAAAGUAUGAUAUCACUUCAAGACCCUGAGAGUGUUAACUUGUAAUGUGUAACUUGGGGGGUUGAGGGGAAUAUAUAUUCCGCUUUUCUGUCGUUAUAAAGGCCCCUAGGCAGCAAUCAAGUCUAAAUGAAACAUUGAAAACGCUAAAAACAUUACAGCACAGCAGCAAAGUCAGAAAAGAGGCAAAAUGAAUGCACAAUUAAUCAUCUUGCAAGUCCUACCCACCCCUUGAUUAUGCUAAGAAAAAGCAUAAUUUACAGUGUGACGAAAAGACAGCAACAAUGGAACCAAAUAGGCUUCUUGCACAAAUUUGGUCCAGGACCCAUACUGACUACCUGCCCAUGAUACCUCAGAUAACAAGGUGUUAGGGAGAAUGACCCCCUGCUGUUCAUUUAAGUGGAUGCGUACUUGUGGGUCGCGUUGAUGUUCAUGAUUUCCAUUUAGGACCAUAAAGUAAGGUUACCAGAUUUUUUUCAAUGAAUCCGGGGACACUUUUCAACUUCCUACUAAAUAGAUGGAUUUUGUCAGGGCAGUGAUUUGUAAAUCCGGGGACUGUCCCUGGGAAACGGGGAUGCCUGGUAACCUUACCAUAAAGGCCGAAACCAGCACUUUGAACUGGGCCCAUGAAAUAGCUUGGUAGGCUAUCAAUAUGGUGUAAUAUGAGAGUAAUACGCAUUGGCCCAUGAAGGCUCUCAUUGGCCUCUAGUAUAAGCUGGAACUUACGUGGUGUUUUAACCAAUGUUUUAAAAUGCGCUCAGUUAAUCAGAGCAUAAGUUAAUCUGCGGACGUGUUUUGUAACAUGAUUUGUCUUCAUUUCAUUUCUUUACUUUGGAGGCCAGGACAUCUUUAUGACGGAAGAACAGAAGAAAUAUUAUAAUGCCAUGAAGAAACUAGGGUCUAAAAAGCCACAAAAACCUAUACCUAGACCAGGGGUAAGGAUUUCUUUCUACUUCAUAUAUUUGAAGAUUCAGCACUGUCUAUCGAAAGUCUAUAUAAGCCAUUUAAUAUACUAUUUAAAAAAAAAUAAAUCUAAGCAGUACGCAAAAAUAACAUGAAAAAAUAAAACUAUAAACUUCUUUACCCUGGGCUUCGAUACCUGAGAAGUUUGUUUACAGUUUAUUUUUGUGACUGGUUUGUUUUAGACUGUUAGACUCUUAGACUCACAGAAUUAUAGAGUUAGAAGGGACGUCCAAGGAUCAUCUAGUCCAACCCUCUGCAAUGCAGGACUAUGCAGCUGUCCCAUAGGGGGAUCAAACUUGCAACCUUGGUGUUAUCAGCCCCAUGCUGUCACCAACUGAGCUACAUGGCAAUGGUAUUAAUAUUGUAAAUUGUUGUAACCUGCCCUAGGACCUUAUGAUGAAAGAUUGGAAGAAAUAAUAGUAAUAAUAGGCCCAGGUAAACAACAGUAGGCCCAGGUAAAAAAAGGGAUUAAGAAAUCACCAGGUCCCAUCUUAUGGGUCAGGGAAAGUCUGAGCCAAAAAAAAUUGUCUUCACAAACUCUCUGAAGUAACCAAUAGGUGAUGCUUCUUGUAUGGCAGAUGAAAGAGCUUCCACAAUGGCGUAGAGGCAGUGGCAACAAUUUGCUACCUGCUCUCUGCUUUCAUUCUCAAUUAUACCCUAAUCAUGUUUUCCCCACCUCUUACAUUUUCAAGUAAUAUAGGGUGAAAUUAUUGUAGUUUAUGCUGGCCAGUUUAAAUAUACGAAACUUUAGGUAGCAGUGGCCUUAAUAUUUUGGUUCACCACAUGCCUGACUCUUAGGACAGCUCAGAUGAAAUUGAGGUUGUUUAUUGCUUUUCUGCUUGCCUCCCAAUAAUGUUAAAAGAAGCAAGAGCUCUAGCAAUUACUUCUCAAAAAGCUAAGGUGCUAGGAAGCAGAUUUAAUAGCCUGAUCCUUCAAAAGAAGAGGGCAAGAUAUAGAUAGAUGAUAGAUAGAUAGAUAGAUAGAUAGAUAGAUAGAUGAUAGAGAUAUGUUUGUAAAGAGAGUUAUUUUCACAUUAUUCCCAUUUUCUGUUUUUAUUUUUAACAGAACAAAUUCCAAGGCAUGGUCUUUGAUUUUGUAACAAAACAAGCCUUUGACAUCAGCAUCAUGAUUCUUAUCUGCCUUAACAUGGUCACCAUGAUGGUGGAAACAGAUGACCAAAGUAAAGAAAUGGAAACCAUUUUAUCUAGGAUUAAUCUAGUGUUCAUUGUGCUUUUCACUGGCGAAUGUGUACUCAAACUGAUUUCACUCCGUCAUUAUUACUUCACCAUCGGAUGGAACAUCUUUGAUUUCGUAGUUGUCAUUCUCUCCAUUGUAGGUAAGAACCAUUUCUUUCCAUGAAGGCGUAGCCUGACAAGCCUUUUCACAUAUUGUGGUUGUUUUUUCCCCCCUUCUCAACCUGGAGAAGUGCUUAUAGCACACCCACAUAAUUGUGUAUUAUGAAUGGACACCUGUCUGUUGCACGAUGUAAAAACAGUGGGAAGGCAUGGUUGGCUGUGACUUCCUGUUGUGCUUACAAACAGAAAAUAAAUAAAUCUAUACAUAUAUGCUGGCUACAUAUGACCGUAUGAUGAACGUUUCCUCCUACACAUGUAUAAUAUUUCAUGAAGGUAUCUGUGAAGCUAAGUGUGAUAUUUGUAGACAAAAGUUAUCAUGUAUGUAGAUCCUACAGAAAAACACAAAUUUGCUUCAUCAUAUGUCCUAACCACAAGGGACAUAGGUGGCACUGUGGUUAAACCACAGAGCCUAGGACUUGCCGAUCAGAAGGUUGGCGGUUCAAAUCCCCGCGACGGGGUGAGCUCCCGUUGCUCGGUCCCUGCUCCUGCCAACCUAGCAGUUCGAAAGCACGUCAAAGUGCAAGUAGAUAAAUAGGUACUGCUCCGGCGGGAAGGUAAACGGCGUUUCCGUGCGCUGCUCUGGUUCGCCAGAAGCGGCUUAGUCAUGCUGGCCAUAUGAUCCGGAAGCUGUACGUCGGCUCCCUCAGCUAAUAAAGCGAGAUGAGCGCCACAACCCCAGAGUCAGUCACGACUGGACCUAAUGGUCAGGUGUCCCUUUACCUUUACCUUUAUGUCCUAACCACAGUCUGACUAGCACUCUAAAGUCAGCCAAACCAUUUUGGAAUGUUUUUUAAAAUCAUUUUUUAAUGAAUUUCUGUUAUAUUUCUUACUCGUUUUGUGAUGCUAUCAAAUUAACAGUUGUAAAAUGUGCUUAAGAUAACUGAAGAUUAACAAAUGACAAAAUAGAAUAUUUGUUUUUCUUCAUUGUUAAUCUUCAUGUAUAUUAAAUUACAUCCACAUAAUUGUCCCACAAUUUUCACAUUGUAAUUAAAACAACACACGUUUUCAAGAUGUUUUACAAGAUAGCCUACUUCCCUGUGGUUAUGCUUUGUGUACCUCUGUCUUAUGUAUCUGCAUUAAGAAAAACAUUAAUAUUUACAGUAUGAGCACAACUGGGACAUAUUAAAUUACAUUCACAUGCUGACAUCCAUCUCUUUCCCUGUGACUAAUAUGGUCAUAUUCAAGGCACCCUAGAAAAGAACUCCCUUUGCUUUAGAUUUCUUUCACCCAUGGAGCUGCUUCACCCAGCACACUAAACCAUAGUUGGUUUUAAAUCAUGUUUAAUUGUGAAAAUGUCUCCCACUCUUUACAUAACUUCCCCCUCCAUGGGUGCCACACACAGCAGAAACAAACCAUAGUAUAGCUUGUCUUGUCAUGCAAACCCCCAAAGUGGUUUAAUUUUUUAAAUAAAAAGAAUCAUGAGUGGUAAGUUAAAAAUGUCAAGAACAAAUCUUGGCUUAUUUCUGUUUUACCAUAAUCAUGGUCUGCAGGACACAACAAGCCAUACUGUGGUUCGUUUGUGUUGUGCAGAGCACCCACAUGGGGGGGUGUCUGAAGAUGUGUAGGGAGUGAGAAGGAUAUAAACUAUAGUUUAAAACAAACUAUGGUUCAGCACAACCUGCAGACCAACUCAUAGCAUGAAUCUUGAGUAUAAUGUCCAAUUCAUGUUCCUACACAAUAUGAAACAUCUGGUUAUAAAACUGGUGUUGCCUUAAAUAUUUUUCUUUGCAGGUAUGUUCCUAGCAGAAAUCAUUGAAAAAUACUUUGUGUCGCCCACCUUGUUCCGAGUGAUCCGACUUGCCAGGAUAGGCCGCAUCCUGCGUCUCAUCAAGGGUGCUAAAGGGAUCCGCACUCUGCUUUUUGCCUUGAUGAUGUCUCUCCCUGCCUUGUUCAACAUCGGUCUUCUCCUUUUCCUGGUCAUGUUCAUCUACGCUAUAUUUGGAAUGUCCAACUUUGCCUACGUGAAGAGAGAAGUGGGCAUUGAUGACAUGUUCAACUUUGAAACUUUUGGCAACAGCAUGCUCUGUCUCUUUCAAAUCACCACCUCUGCUGGCUGGGAUGGGUUGCUGGCUCCCAUUCUCAACAGUGGGCCGCCAGACUGUGACCCUGAGAUAGACCACCCAGGAAGUUCAGUGAAAGGAGACUGCGGCAAUCCCUCCGUUGGGAUCUUCUUCUUUGUUAGUUACAUUAUCAUAUCAUUUUUAGUUGUAGUGAACAUGUAUAUUGCCGUGAUUUUGGAGAACUUCAGCGUUGCUACAGAAGAAAGUGCUGAGCCUUUGAGCGAGGACGACUUUGAGAUGUUCUAUGAGGUCUGGGAAAAGUUUGAUCCAGAUGCAACCCAGUUUAUAGAGUACUGUAAACUCUUUGAUUUUGCAGCUUCUCUGGAGCCGCCUCUUCUCAUUGCAAAACCAAACCACGUUCAGCUUAUUGCGAUGGAUCUACCCAUGGUAAGCGGUGACCGAAUUCACUGCCUUGACAUCUUGUUUGCCUUUACAAAGCGUGUUUUGGGGGAAAGCGAAGAAAUGGAUUUGCUCAGAGUGCAAAUGGAAGACCGGUUCAUGGCAGCCAACCCUUCGAAAGUGUCCUAUGAGCCAAUUACAACCACCCUGAAACGAAAGCAAGAGGAAGUGUCUGCUACCAUCAUCCAGCGGGCUUUCAGGAGUUUCCUCUUAAAACAAAAAGUGAAAAAAGUGACCUCUAUGUAUAAUAAAGACAAGUGCAAAGACGGCAUUGCCCUUCCCAUCAAAGACACGAUUCCUGAUAAAUUUAACAGGAACUCGACUCCUCCGGAGAAAACAGAGGAAAGCUCCUCAACCACCUCCCCACCUUCCUACGAUAGCGUUACCAAGCCAGGCAAACAGAAAUAUGAAAAGGGCAAAACGGACAGAGACUAUAAAAGUAAAGAUGCCAGGGCUAGCAAAAAGUGAAGCAAACUUUUUACGUUCCUAUUUGUGUGCAAAUUUGUUUACA